GUCUCAAGACAAACACCAAUACCUCUAAGACAGUCCAGUCACAACCACCGACAUCAGUCUAUCGCAAUAAUGCAUUCGCAGACAGUAUGAUGAAGAAAAAUGCGCUUGACUUGUUGGAAUUUCAAAAAAAAAGUGUCGACAUUAACGACUUACCACAGUGCUGUCAAAAAAAGUUGCAAGAUAGUAACCUGGAGAAGGAGGUUCUGAAACAACAAUUGGAAGAAGUUCGAUCAGCUUCUUUAGAUCUGGAGAAUCAAUUGAGAGAAACACAAGACAAUUCAAAGAGGGUUCGAACUCUCAAUGAAGAAUGGCAAGAAAUGGCCAUGAUGAAGUGUGAUUUGAUUCAUGCCAUGUUCACUGAAAUAAGGUCAUCUUUCAAAGAACAAGGUGGAGACGAACCGAAUGCUCCAGUGAGUAAAGUAACUAAUAAUCAUAUACAUCUUGGCCGUGGAGUUUAGAUACCACAUGAUGUAUAUUCCCUAGCAUUUUAUGAGGUAAACAUGAAAACUAAAAAAACAUUCGUACGGAAAAUGUUGGUAGGUUUGUUCGGCUAAGAUUUGCUCGCAGAGAGCACUGUUACUGGACGUCCAAGUAACAGAAAUAAAGGCAAACAGGCCCCGGUAAAGCAUUUGAAACCGAA